CGGGGGGGAGGGGCCGGGCGGGGGGCUGGCGGCGGCGGCGGCGGAUGGACUCGCGGGUAUCGGAGCUGUUCGGCGGCUGCUGCCGGCCCGGAGGGGGCCCGGCCAUGGGCGGAACCCUCAAGGCUAGGGGAGCCGGGGGCAGCAGCGGCUGCGGGGGCCCGAAGGGGAAGAAGAAGAACGGAAAGAACAGAGGGAGCAAAGCCAACAACCCCCCAUAUCUGCCCCCCGAGGCUGAAGAUGGAAACAUCGAAUAUAAACUGAAGCUGGUGAAUCCAUCCCAGUACCGCUUUGAGCACCUGGUGACACAGAUGAAGUGGCGGCUCCAGGAGGGCCGUGGUGAGGCAGUCUACCAGAUUGGGGUGGAGGACAAUGGGCUGCUGGUGGGGCUGGCUGAGGAGGAGAUGCGGGCCUCCCUCAAGACCCUGCACCGGAUGGCAGAGAAGGUUGGGGCAGACAUCACAGUUCUCCGGGAGCGAGAAGUGGAUUAUGAUAGCGACGUGCCCCGAAAGAUCACUGAGGUGCUGGUGCGAAAGGUCCCUGACAACCAGCAGUUUCUGGACCUUCGUGUGGCUGUCCUGGGGAACGUGGACUCAGGGAAGUCUACUCUGCUUGGAGUCCUGACCCAAGGAGAGCUGGACAAUGGCCGGGGCCGAGCUCGGCUCAACCUGUUCCGCCACCUGCAUGAGAUUCAGUCUGGCCGGACCUCCAGCAUCAGCUUCGAGAUCCUGGGCUUUAACAGCAAGGGAGAGGUGGUGAAUUACAGUGACUCACGGACGGCAGAAGAGAUCUGUGAGAGCAGCUCCAAGAUGAUCACCUUCAUCGACCUGGCCGGCCACCACAAGUACCUACACACCACCAUCUUUGGCCUCACCUCGUACUGCCCUGACUGCGCCCUGCUCCUCGUUAGUGCUAACACUGGGAUUGCCGGCACAACACGGGAACAUCUGGGGCUGGCCCUGGCCCUGAAAGUGCCCUUCUUCAUCGUGGUCAGCAAGGUGGACCUGUGCGCCAAGACCACAGUGGAGAGGACGGUUCGCCAGCUAGAGCGGGUCCUGAAGCAGCCCGGCUGCCACAAAGUCCCCAUGCUGGUCAUCUCUGAGGAUGAUGCCGUCACUGCCGCCCAGCAGUUUGCCCAGUCACCCAAUGUCACCCCAAUCUUCACCCUGUCCAGUGUGUCUGGAGAGAGUUUGGACCUGCUCAAAGUCUUUCUGAAUAUCCUGCCACCGCUCACCAACAGCAAAGAGCAGGAGGAACUCAUGCAGCAGCUGACAGAGUUUCAGGUGGAUGAAAUCUACACAGUACCAGAGGUGGGCACAGUUGUUGGAGGGACACUUUCCAGUGGGAUUUGCCGUGAGGGCGACCAGCUGGUGGUGGGCCCCACGGACGAUGGCUGCUUCCUGGAGCUGAGAGUAUGCAGCAUCCAGCGCAACCGCUCUGCCUGCCGUGUGCUGCGAGCUGGUCAGGCUGCUACGCUGGCCCUCGGAGACUUUGACCGUGCGCUCCUCCGAAAGGGCAUGGUGAUGGUGAGCCCCGAGAUGAAUCCCACCAUCUGCUCAGUGUUUGAGGCAGAAAUAGUCCUCCUGUUCCAUGCCACCACAUUCCGGCGAGGCUUCCAAGUUACAGUCCACGUGGGCAAUGUCCGCCAGACGGCAGUGGUGGAAAAGAUCCAUGCCAAGGACAAGCUGCGGACAGGGGAGAAGGCAGUGGUACGUUUCCGCUUCCUGAAACACCCAGAGUACCUGAAGGUGGGCGCCAAGCUGCUGUUCCGGGAGGGUGUCACCAAGGGCAUCGGCCAUGUCACUGAUGUGCAAGCCAUUGCAGCAGGAGAAGCCCAGGCCAACGUGGGCUUCUGAACUCCAAGCAGGCACAGCUCUGUUGCUGUCCCUACAAUACAUGAUGCCUCUGGCCAUGCUGCCCCCUGCAGGCGGCUCUGUGUGUUAAUAGGCUAGGGAGAGGGGUGCUCCCUGCCACCAUGCUGGAAAGGUGCCAAGCUUGGUGUGGCCAGGGAGGGAAAGCCCUGAGGGAGAAGACGGGAGAAUUCAGGGCAGUGCUCAGCAGCUGUGUGUCCAUCUUGUUGGCUCAUCCACACUGGAAACCCCAUGACCUGUCUACGGAGGGAGCUGACCGCUGCCACCUCGGCCCCACUGUCAGGACUGGGCAUGAUCACCGGUGUGGUCCCUGCACUUCAGGAAUUGUCACAACUGGGAGUGGUCCUCGAAAGCACUCCUUUUUCUAUACCUCUUCUGAAGACCAUGUAAGUUGCCCGUCUCUACCUGACUGUGGACAGAAGACAUCUACUCAGGCUCCUGGCCAUUUGAUGGUCUAGGGUCUGAAGAAAUGGCACAGUGAAUGGCAAUGUUCCCAUCCUGUGCUGAGACAUGCAGCCUAUUCUCAGCUUUAUGGCCCUUCCCUUUUUCACUCAAAGGCCAUUUCCCCGUUUCUCCUCUCAUAGGCCCCACAGGUGCUAUUUGUUGAGCUGGCCCAGGCGUGGGGCUGUCAAGCUAAAGCUUGGCAUACCGAAGGUCAGCUGCAUGUCAAUCAGUUUUGUCCCCUCUUCUGCAGCGAUCUGUUGGUUUUAAUUUUUUUUCCAAUUGGUUUUAGAAAGAGAAAGGGAGAGAGAAACAUUGAUUUGUUGUUUCACUUAUAUAUGCAUUUAUUUAUGUGCCCUGACGGCAUCAAACCAGAAACCUUGGCAUACCAGGACAAUUCUCUAAACAACUGAGCUAUCUGGCCAGGAGUGAUAUGUUGUUUUAAUGCUGGAUCAAGCAAUAUGUUUUACUUUCCCACACUGACCCACAGCUCCCAUUCCGCCACCCCCACCCUGCUUCCCGCUCCUACCUAAGUCCUCUGUUUUAGUAAUUUGCAGUGACCAUCCCUUUCCCUCUGUUGCUGGGAACCUAGAGAAAAGGGAAGGUUGUUGCCAUAUUUCCUACUCUUUAAGACAUGGACUCCCUUCUUUCCCUUUUGUUAGUGUCCUGGGUUCCCAUGGACUCAGGGAUUUGUUGGUUGAGGUUUCUUUGCGUGUAUAUAUAUAUGUACAUACAUAUAUAUAUUUAAGUACACAUAUAUAUAUUGUACAGAAUAAAAAUGUUUUAUUGAA